AAAAAAAUAACUCCAUGAAAACUAACCAUCGGUCUCGAAAUUUCUGUACCCACUACAAACUUAUCAUCAUAUAUGUUUAAAAAUUAUACAUAAAUAUCCUCAGAAAACACCGAAUUUCGAAUUUCAUUUUGAAUUUUUUUUUUCUUUGUGAGGUUAUGUGAACUAUUUUACAGAGUGAUCUUUUUAAAAGGUCUGAAUUUUUUCCAAUUGAAUUGAAAUAAAAAAUUAAUCAAUUAGUUUAAUAAGUAAAUAAUUUAAAAUGGUUAAGUAUUAUGAGACGAGUACUAUCUUUCAAUUUAAUUGGAGUCAAGUCGCUCAAGGAUUUUGGAAACGUUAUCCAAAUCCUCACAGUUCACAUGUGUUGUCUGAAGAUACCGUGGCAAGAGAGAUAAAAGACGGUAAAUUGUAUUCAAAGCGUCUGUUGACUAAAACAAAUCGCGUGCCCAAAUGGGGAGAAAGAUUUAUCAGCAAAAAUGUUGUUAAAAUAGUUGAAGAAACUGUCGUUGACCCGAAAGAAAAAACACUUACUUCUUACACACGUAAUUUAGGAUACACUAAAGUUAUGAGUGUAAUUGAAAAGGUAACUUAUAAAGUGUCUGAUGAAAAUCCCGAGUGGACGGUAGCUCACAGAUCGGCAUGGAUCGACAGUUCGGUAUUUGGAUUUAGUCGAGCGAUUCAAGCCUUCGGGUUGGAUAGGUUUAAAAAAAAUUGCUAUCAGAUGACUGGUGGAUUUAAUUUUGUAUUGGCAAAUAUGUUUCCCACGACUGCUGCUCACAUAAAUCAAAAUUUCGCGCAAUUAAGUCUUGAUGAAUCGAUGAUAAAAUUGAGCCACGCCGCAGAAGACUUGCAGCACUCGUUCCAAGACAAAGCUGAAAAGAUGAAAGAUGCCGCCAAGAAGGCCACAGACUUGGCGAAGAAAAAGGCUGCGCCUGUAUAUGCUGCUUGCCAGCCAAAUCAAUCAUAAAUUAAAGGCUCUAUUUAUUCAUCGUAAGUUAAGUAAGUGAUCUAUAAGGUUAUAAUUACUAGGGUUCUAUUUAAUUUUAACUCGUGAUUUUUUUUAUUACUAUUGGAGAUAAAAUGUCUAUAUUUCGUUGGUAUAAAUCGAUUAUUUUUAUUUUUCGUUUCGAGGAUUUUGUUGCUCGAUAAAUUUCCUUUUGUUUGAGUACCCACAAGUCAAUACUUAAAAUUAAAAAAUUUUAAAAAUUCAAAAUUUUAUAAUUUUGACUUUUGACUUUCAAAUCAUGUUUGGAAUAAAAUUUCCUUUUAAAUGAAUACCCACAAGCUUCAAUUUAAUUGUCAUGGUUUU